AUGGCAUCGGACUGGGCUGCUAAAUUGAGUGGUGCAUCAGCAUCGCCGGAGAGGAAACCAAGAAAGAAAGACACUGAGUUUAAUUCUCGUGAAGUGAUGGACUAUUUGCACAACAACUACAAUACCUACCUCACCCACGCAAGAGAGGACAAGGAAGGCGAAAAGUAUAAGGUCUACAAGUCGCUAGAAUCCCCUAACCAAUGGACAAGCAAGCCCAAGAAUGGCCCCAAGGAGGUCAUUAGAAACCGUAAUGGAAGCAACGGCACUUUGGAUUUGCUCUUUGAGAUCAACCGGUCAGUAUACCAGCAACGCGAGAGAAAUAAGUAG